AUGAGACUACGCAGAAAGCUGAAGAACUCCUCAGGGCUCCGCCUCAAAAUCAACGCCUACAGAGCUGCAGACCUCUGUUUGCCCGAGAGUUAUAAAGGUAAGCUGAUUAACGCAGCGCUCCUUGUACAGCUCAACAACUUCAAGAAACGCAGCCGACGCAAAUUGAACACAUCGCAUCCGCUGUGGGACGAUGAGUUUGUCAUCAGUUUAAGAAACGGCGACUGCUCGCAGUUGCUUACGCUUUCAGUGUGGAGCAAGCUGACCCGGUCCAAGACCUACUUGGGGGAGGUGCGCUUGUUGCUCAGCGAAAUCUUUGCCGAUUCGUUCGUGACGCUGCCCAAGUGGUAUAAGCUUUUCUCGAGCCGCAAGGAGCACUCGUUUGUUACCGGCUCGCUUCUUCUUUCGUUUGAGCUAGUAGGUGGAGGGACCAGUGACGCAGAGAAGAAAGAGGCGGUUUCAGGAGGGGGUCCCCAGUUGAGGGUGACGCCGCCAACAUCACACACUUUGUCUUUUGGUGGUGCUGGUAAUGGUUCUGUCGCUGCCACCCCGCCUAGACCGUCAACCCCGCUAGCAGAGGAGUUGUCGACGUUAGAGCUUUCUGAAAAAACCACAGACUUGAAAAUGGCAUUCAGAUCAUGGCUAGACUCCCUCAUGUACCAGGAAUUGAGUCCUGCGGUAGUCAAUCCAGACGAGCAGAGCUUCUACGUGGAUGUGAACGAGCAAUUGACAGAUAUUGCAUUCACAGAUGCGUCCGAUGCGGAGUCGCUCGAGUCGCCCAGGAAACCAAAGAGAUCGGCUUCAGACUCCAGUCCUCGCCAGUAUCUCCAGCACAGCCAGUCGCAGCAACUUUUUGAUGAUUUGCAUCGGUCCAAGUCUCACUUGAAGGUCAUUGACGACGCCGUGGAGGACUCCGGCAGCAUGUCCGAGGCAUCUUCUGCUACGAGUGUGGGCUCCAUCUACGUGAGUGAGGGGGGUGGGCUUUACUCGGAUACUGGAGGAAACAGUGGGUCCGAUGUGCCGAAGAAGAGAAGGUUCAGAAAGAAAAAAGCCGCUAGCAGCUAUAAAUUACAGCACAGAAACGUGAAGGGGGUGCUUUUCGUUGAGAUCAUCUCUGUCACAGAUUUGCCUCCGCUACGCAACUUCACAAGAACCACAUUCGACAUGGACCCCUUUGUCGUGGUAACGUUUGGCAAAAAGACAUUCCGUACAAGCUGGAAGCGCCAUACAUUAAACCCUAUCUACAACGAGCGGCUUGCCUUUGAGAUAUUGGAACACGAGCGUAACUACAACGUUCAACUUAGUGUGCUUGACAAAGACCACUUUUCGUUUCACGACAAGGUAGCUGAUGUGUCGAUCCCCAUAUCAGAGCUCAUUGACAUUGCUCUGGAGCAAGACGAUAGCGAUAAACCGGGGUCGUCCUCAAACAACAGCUCGAUGUCAGGUUCUAGGCCGCCACCUUCGGCACGUUCUAGCGCAACCUCUGUGCCCAGGCCAUCUCCAAUACCUAAGAGUAGCCAAAAGCUGGUGACGACGAACUCAGGUUUGGAACGCACAGGUCUGGCUAGCUCUCUAGCUUCUUUGACGGAGAGAACUGCUUCAAGUAACAACGUGAUGUCUUUGGCAGAGACGGAAGACGCUAACCUUGUGACUACAUCAAGAAAGAAGAAGUUUCGUAAACGCCACUACUCGGUGCUGUACGUGGACACCUCGUUGUUCAAAACACUAGAUCUCUCUUUGAAACUACACAAAGAGAAGCACGCUGCCAACCACAAUACUAGCAUCCGAAUUCGUGCAAGAUACCUCACGUAUGAAAAUCUCCGAAGAGAUUUUUGGACAAUUUUAUUAGAGCAGUUCAACGUCAACGAAACACCGGGACAACUAGACUACAUUGAGCUCAUUUCAUUGCUUGAUACCCUUGGAUGUGACAACAGCGAUGACAUUGUGGCUAAAUUCUUUCACAAGCUUGAUCGUUCUCCCUGGGGAGGAGACACUCUUUCACACGAAGAAAUCGUCGAUUGCUUGGAGAGCUAUUUGGUUACGGAGUCUGAGGGACAGAUCUUCGAAAUCGACAGAUGCCCAAUUUGCUGCAAGAAAAGGCUUUCCCAGAAACAGGACCUGGAUAUCAUUACUCACGUUGCAAUCUGCGCUUCAAAAGAUUGGAGCAUUGUAAGCAAGUUGCUAAACUCUUCGUUUGUAACACCACAAGCUGCUUCCAAACGCUGGUUCACGAAGGUGUUGAUCAAAUUGACGUACGGCAAAUACGGGUUGGGAAGCAACUCUGCCAAUAUUUUGGUUCAGGACAGAUCUACUGGUAUUAUCAUGGAAGAGAAGAUGAAUGUAAGUGUCAGAUUAGGCAUUCGUUUACUUUAUAAAGGGCUAGACAAGGCGAAGAAAAGACGUAUUCGAACAUUACUAAGGAAAUUGAGUGUGAAACAGGGCAUUAAAUUCGACUCACCGCAGCUGAAGGCCGAUAUAUCAUCAUUCAUCAAAUUUCAUAAAUUGGAUCUCAGCGAGUGUCUCAUCAGUGACCCUCUGAAAUAUGCCACAUUUAAUGAGUUCUUCUACAGAAAGCUCAAGCCAGGCGCUAGACCCAUUGAGGCACCUGAUGAAGAACGUGUGCUGGUAUCGCCUGCUGAUUGUCGCUGUACCACUUUUGUGACUGUUGAUGAUGCCACUGAGCUUUGGAUUAAAGGUCGUAACUUCAGCGUAGCCAAGCUUUUCAACGGCAACUACAACGGGCUCGAGAAUACCGACCUCUUUGAUUCUGGCAAAUGCAGCAUCGGGAUCUUCAGACUUGCACCACAGGACUAUCAUCGGUUCCAUUCGCCGGUGACUGGUAUUAUCGGUCCUAUGAAAUUCAUCGAAGGAGAAUACUACACUGUGAAUCCCAUGGCCAUUCGUUCCGAUCUAGACGUUUAUGGCGAGAAUGUACGUGUGAUCAUCCCCAUUGAAACUGAGCAUUUUGGAACCGUAAUCAUGGUUGCUGUUGGCGCCAUGAUGGUCGGUUCCACUGUGUUGACUGUGAAAGAAGGACAGAAAGUGUCCCGAAGCGAUGAAGUGGGAUAUUUCAAAUUUGGGGGCUCCACAAUCUUACUUCUCUAUGAGAACAGCAAGUUCAAGUUUGAUCGUGAUCUUGUUGACAAUUCUAAUCUGUGUGUGGAAACGUUGGUGCGAGUGGGACAGAGUAUUGGCCACUCUCCUGAGGUGGAAGAGUAUAAGCGGGAGAAGAUAGAUUUCAGCAAGCAGCCCAAGGAUAUCAAGCUUCAUAUAAUUCGUGCAAUUACGGGAGGCGAUUUGAACAAUUUGGAAGACUUAGGCAGCUGGGAGAGCCAAAACAUCAAGAUCACAAAUGAGGACGUGAGACAAUUGAUGAACGAAGAAGAUGUAUUUGAUGAUCUUGAAGGUGACCUCGAGGGCUCUGACGAAGAAGGGCUGGUUGAUGAAAGUUAA